UCAGUCACACAUCUGCGCGGUAGCUGCCGGAAGCGACUUCGCAUUGGUUGCUGGGAAUCGUGGUGAUGUGGCCCCCCCUUCCCCCUCCCCGCCCCGCGAUGUCGGAGGAAACCCGGCAAAGCAAAUUGGCUGCGGCCAGGAAAAAGUUACGAGAGUACCAGCAGAAGAAUAGUGCAGGUGGUCUUCCGGAAGUGAAGAAGAAGAAGAAGAAGCUUAAAAAUGACAGCAGCCCGGAGAGAAGCCCCUCUGAGGACAGUCACUCCCCGGAGGACAUUCAGGACAUCCUGAAGGUGCUGGUGUCCGACCUUAAUCGUUCCAAUGGGGUAGCGCUCCCCCCAUGGGACAAGUGCAAGGCGCCCAAAGAUCGCAUUGCUACUGCACCACCAGCUGCUGAUGACACCGUGCCGCUUGGUGGUGUCGCUUCCCCUGACGCUAGUCUAACUAGCAUGGCGUCAACUCAGAAUAAUGAUGCUGACAAUGCUCCUGCCCUCAUGGAUGAGACCAGGACUUUAUCAUCAACCGAGAGCCUGCGACAACUUUCACAACAACUCAACGGUCUUGUAUCCGAGUCAACAUCCUACAUUAAUGGGGAGGGCCUCACUUCUUCUAACAUGAAGGAUCUAGAGAGCCGGUACCAAGAGCUGGCAGUAGCCCUGGACUCCAGCUAUCUAACAAACAAACAACUCAGUAACACCAUAGAGGAACUGAAACAACAGAACCAGGAAACUCUGGAUCAAGUGGAAAAAGAGAAGAAAGAAUGUCAGCAAAAGUUGGCCAAGGAACAGGGGGCUCUGCGAGAACAACUGCAGGUACACAUUCAGACCAUUGGGAUUCUUGUGUCUGAAAAGGCAGACUUACAGUCAGCCCUGGCUCACACCCAGCAGGCAGCAAGACAGAAGGCAGGGGAGUCAGAAGACCUUGCUAGCCGCCUGCAGGCUUCCCGCCAGCGUGUUGGAGAGCUGGAGCGGACCCUGUCUGCCGUUUCCACCCAGCAGAAGCAGACGGACAAGCACAACAAGGAGCUGACCAAAGAGCGAGAUGCUCUCAAACUGGAAUUAUACAAGAACAACAAAAACAACGAGGACCUGAAGGAGCAGAACUCUGAACUGGAGGAGCGGCUCCGUGUCCUGCUCAAAGAGAAGGCGACCCUGCAGCUGGGAACAGAGGAGCUGCAGAAGAAGUUGGAGAUGUCAGAGCUGCUGUUACAGCAGUUCUCCAGCCGCACUGAAGUCCCUGAUGAGAACCAGCAGCUUCAGCGGGCAAUGGAGGAGCGGGCCCUCCUGGAGAGCCGUGUGGGACAGCUACUGGAGAUCCAGAAAAAUCUACAGCUGGACAGAGACCGGUAUAUGGAGAAUCUGAAGGAGGAGCGCAACAUGUGGCAGGAAAGGAUGAAGCAGAUGUCUGCCCAGAUGUCCUCGCUGAGGGAGGAGAAGGAACAGAGCCUGAAUCAGGUGCAGGAGCUAGAGACCAGCUUGGCCGAGCUCAGGAGCCAGAUUGUGGAGUCUCCUGCCCUGGAGCCCCCAGCGGCCCCUGCAGGGCCGUCGGAGACAGAGCAGCAGCUGCAGGCAGAGGCCGAAAAGCUGCAGAAGGAGCUGGCAAGCCUGACGGAACAGCUCCAGGCCCAGGUGCGGGACAACGAGGGCCUGUCCCGUCUGAACCAGCAGCAGGAGCAGCGGCUGCUGCACCUGGAGCUGCAGUCUGAGCUGUGGGACAACCAGGCCGAAGAGCGCAAGCAAAUUCUGGAGACUAUGCAGAACGACCGUACUACCAUCAGCCGGGCGCUCACCCAGAACCGUGAGCUCAAGGAGCAGCUGGCCGAGCUGCAGAACGGCUUCGUGCGCCUGACCAAUGACAACAUGGAGCUCACCAGCUCACUGCAGUCUGAGCAGCACGUGAAGAACGAGCUGGCCAAGAAGCUGGGCCAGCUGCAGGAGAAGCUGGGCGAACUGAAGGAGAUGGUGGAGCUGAAGAGCCAGGAGGCUCAGAACCUGGAGCAGCAGCGAGACCAGUACCUGGCUCACCUGCAGCAGUAUGUGGCCGCCUACCAGCAGCACGUGGCCGCCUACCAGCAGCUGAACUCCGAGAAGGAGGCACUGCACAAGCAGCUGCUGUUGCAGACACAGGUCCUGGACCGGCUGCAGCACGAGGAGGUGCAGGGCAAGGUGGCAAUUGAGGUUGCUCGCCAGGAGCUGCAGGAGACCCAGGAACGCCUGGAAGCCACCAGCCAGCAGAACCAGCAGCUACAAGCCCAGCUGAGUCUCCUGUGCCUCCCUGGAGAGGGGGGAGAUGAAGAAGAGGAGGAGGAGGAGGAGGCGAUAGCCCAGGCCAAAGUGACCAUCCCGGAGGAGCUUGAGAGCAGAGAGGCCUUGGUGGCAUUUUUCAACUCAGCUCUCGCUCGUGCUGAGGAGCAGCAGGCCCAGCUGCGCGGGCAGUUGAAGGAGCAGAAGGCACGCUGCCAACGCCUGGCUCGCCUGGAGGUGCUAUCCCAGGGGGAGCCAGAGAUGAGGACCCCAGGCCCCGACACCAGGGGUGACUACGUGUCUGGGGAGACCCACCAGGCCCUGCAGGGGUCCAUGGAGAAGCUACAGCACCGCUUCCGGGAGGUGAUGCAGGAGAAGGCGGACCUUCGAGAGCGUGUGGAGGAGCUAGAACAUCGCUGUAUCCAGCUCUCUGGGGAGACGGACACCAUCGGAGAAUACAUCGCCCUCUACCAGAACCAGAGGGCGAUGCUGAAGGAGCGGCAUCGGGAAAAGGAGGAGUACAUCAGCCGCCUGGCCCAGGACAAAGAGGAGAUGAAGAUCAAGCUGCUGGAGCUGCAGGAACUGGUGCUACAGCUGGUGAGCCAGCGCGACCAGUGGCAGAGCAGAUUGGUGGCUGCAGCCCCAAGCCCUCCAAGUGAACCCACCCCUGAGGGCUCGCCAGUCCUCCCGGACGCUGCUGCCCAGCAGGCUGAUCUUCGGGAAGUAAGCCUCACCGACCCCGAGGAGCCAGUGCAUGGAGAAGCCGGGGAAGAUGCUGCUGCCAAGAACCCCACUGCGCAGCAGAUCAUGCGGCUGCUGCAGGAGAUCCAGAACCCGCGGGAGCGCCCAGGCCUGGGUGCCAUUCCCUGCAUCCCCUUCUUCUACCGGGCUGAUGAGCACGAUGAAGUUAAGAUCAUGAUUGUCUAAAUGCCACAUGCCGUCAGCCCAGAGAUGUUGGGGCCCAGCCCACCCAGUCCUUGUCACUCCGUCCUUGACCCCUACCCUUUCCUCUGUCACUCCUUCCAAGUUACCCUACCCCCUUAGCAAGCUAAGACCCCUAACGGGGAGAGCAAGUUACAGACCCCUUGCCACUUUUGUUAUCUUGGCAAGGGGUCCUAAGUUGUUUGGCAGGGUUCCUCUCUGAAGGACCCUCAGGGGCUCCUGGUGACCUCCUCACAAGCUCCAUCAUUAAGGACCUCUGUCAACGGGAGCAGCUCCAUCCUUAAAGGCCUCCGUCAACGAGGCCAGCAAUUACAUGGCCCUUAGAACAGGCAGGGGCAUUGUGCAAAAGGGCAUCUGGGUGGGGGUAUCUGGGCAAGGGCAACUUUGGGUGAGGAAAUCUGCGCAGGGGCAAGUUCGGGUGAGAGUCCUGGGUGAGGGUUUCUGGGUGGAGAGCAUUUUCUACUGAGGGCCUCUGGGACGGGGCCUCUAGAUGGAGCACAUCAUAAGCUGAGGGUUUCUGGGUGGGGAGCAUCUUAAACUGGGAGUGUCUGGGUGAGGGGCUCAAGGAUGAGAGCAUCUUCAGCCAAGGGUUUCUGGGUGGGGAGCAUUUUUGACUGAGGGUACCUGAGUGAGGGCAACUUCUGGCAAGGAUAUCUGGGCAAGGGCAACUUCAAGGAACUUGGGUAAGGGUAUCUGGGUGGGGAGCAUCUUCUACUGAGGGCCUCUAUUUGGGAGCAUCUUUGACUGAGGGUCCUGGGUGCAGGCAGCUUUGGGUGAGGGAUCUGGGCGGGGCUUCUGGUCAGGCCCCUCUUUGAAUAGGAAAAUUCUCAUUCAGGGAUGUUCCCAACCCAGCAAGGUCUUUGGUCUUUAGGGUUUGGGACUAGCGGUAGGCCUGGUUGGGGCAGAGUCUGUAAGAGGAGGCUCUGCCCUCUCACCUGCCCCGGAAGACUCCGGGGGCUGGUCCCGUGAGGGCAUGUCACAGCCCUUAGCACACAUGGGGCUCCCCAUGGGCCCACAAGAGCAGCGUCGGGCAGGGACGGCUCUCUAAUCAGUGCCUUUGCUGCUAGGCAGGACAGUGGGGGGCCACGCUGUCACAGCUCAAGGCGCAUGGGGCAGGCAGUUGGGGAACCUGCUUCCCUUUUUCAGGCACUUUGGGGCAGGGCAGGAGGCAGAAUUCUGUCCAGCUUUAUGAAAGUUGGGGCUAACUAUAAGCUCAGUGAGGGGAGAGGCUGCUGGAGGCGGUCUUCCCCUGCCCCCAUGUACAUAUUGUACUUGUGUAACAUUUUGUAUAUUCCGGGGGUCGGGCCACCCCCUGUAUCAUAAUGGAGGCUGGAGCUGAUAAAAGAGGAGGAGGUCUUAAUUAUUUGGGGUCAGGGAACUUAUUUAUUAAAUGACAGGAAGGAGGCGGAGACAGGGCUGUGUAACCCUGGUGAUGUAACUCCUGUUACUUUGGUUUUUAUUUUGAAAUAAAUGGAUU